AGCCCUCUAUGAACAAACAUUUAAAAUUAUUCGAUAUCUCUUUUUAGUGGGAAACGUAAAGGAACACAACAUGGGUAAAAUUAUGAAACCAGGUAAAGUCGUAUUAGUCCUUGGGGGCAGAUACGCGGGAAGAAAGGCCAUAGUAGUAAAAACCUAUGACGAAGGCACAGGAGACAAACCCUAUGGGCAUGCCUUAGUGGCAGGCAUCGAUAGGUAUCCCAGAAAAAUCCAUAAGCGUAUGGGAAAGGCCAAAAUGCAUAAGAGAUCAAAAAUCAAGCCUUUUGUCAAAACCCUUAAUUACAAUCAUCUUAUGCCCACCCGUUAUUCAGUGACUGACCUGACAGACCUAAAAGCGGCUCCAAAAGAUCUCAAAGAUCCCAUGAAACGGAAAAAGAUCCGCUUCCAGACCCGCGUUAAAUUUGAAGAAAGGUACAAGCAGGGUAAGAACAAAUGGUUCUUCCAAAAAUUAAGGUUUUGAGUUAAGUUUUGCUGGGCUAAGAGAUAUUUUUGUUUAAUUUAAUAAACUUGGAACUGCUA